GCUCCCUGUCACCAUGCCGCUCUACGAGGGCCUGGGGAGUAGCGGGGAGAAAACGGUGGUUGUGAUCGACCUGGGAGAGGCCUUUACCAAGUGUGGAUUUGCUGGAGAAACUGGUCCAAGAUGUAUAAUUCCUAGUGUGAUAAAAAGAGCCGGCCUGCCUAAGCCUGUCAAAGUUGUUCAGUAUAAUAUCAAUACAGAAGAAUUAUAUUCCUACCUAAAGGAAUUCAUCCACAUCCUGUAUUUUAGGCAUCUAUUGGUGAAUCCCAGAGACCGCUGAGUUGUGGUUAUCCUUGUGUGUGUGGUUCCUUGUGUAUUAUGUCCUUCCCACUUCAGAGAGACACUCACUCGUGUUCUUUUCAAAUAUUUUGAGGUUCCAUCUGUCUUGCUUGCUCCAAGUCAUCUAAUGGCUCUUCUGACACUUGGAAUUAACUCUGCCAUGGUCCUGGAUUGUGGAUAUAGGGAAAGCCUGGUGUUACCUAAAUAUGAAGGAAUUCCAGUAUUAAAUUGUUGGGGAGCACUCCCCUUAGGAGGAAAAGCUCUUCACAGGGAGUUGGAAACUCAACUGUUGGAACAAUGUACCGUUGACACGAGUGCUGCUAAAGAACAGAGCCUUCCUUCAGUGAUGGGUUCAGUACCAGAAGGUAUCUUAGAGGACAUUAAAGUGUGUACUUGUUUUGUUAGUGAUCUGAAGCGUGGACUGAAAAUCCAAGCAGCAAAAUUUAAUAUUGAUGGGAAUGAUGAGCGUCCCUCACCACCCCCAAAUGUUGACUAUCCGUUAGAUGGAGAGAAGAUUUCACAUGUUCUUGAAUCAAUCAGAGAUUCCGUUGUGGAAAUUCUUUUUGAACAAGAUAACGAAGAGAAAUCAGUUGCCACUUUAAUAUUGGAUUCCCUUAUGCAGUGCCCAAUAGAUACCAGGAAGCAACUAGCAGAGAAUUUGGUAGUCAUAGGUGGCACAUCUAUGUUACCAGGAUUUCUCCAUAGAUUGCUUGCAGAAAUAAGGUAUUUGGUAAAAAAACCAAAAUAUAAAAAAACACUUGGCACCAAGACAUUUCGAAUUCAUACUCCACCUGCAAAGGCUAAUUGCGUGGCCUGGUUGGGAGGAGCUAUUUUUGGAGCAUUGCAAGAUAUACUUGGGAGCCGUUCAGUUUCAAAAGGAUAUUAUAAUCAGACAGGUCGUAUACCUGAUGGUGUUCUCUCAAUAAUCCACCUUUGGAAAUGAUGUUUGAUGUCGGGAGGCUCAGCCACCUCUGAUGAAGAGAGCAUUUUUCCACUGAGAAAUAAAAGUUGAUUAAAAUUCAGCUUUCCUUUAUUUCUAAUAUUUAGUUGAUUACAAGAGAAUUGUACAAAAUAUGUAAGAUGCUUUGUUAUAGGUGACUAUAGUGAAAGUGAAAGCACUUCUUGUUUACUCUUUGCAUUAAUAUGUAAUUCUUUUGACUUUGUUUCCCUUGUAUAGUGUAAAAUGGUAGCUGAUGCUUAUG